UGCAGAAGCAAUCAGCCAUGCUGCAAGUUUACUGGAUUACCAUCGCUGCUGUCUGUGUGGGACUGGCAGGUGUUUCUGGUGACAAGAUCAUCGAUGGGACAGAAGCCAAAGCACACAGCCGACCCUACAUGGCAUUCUUGGAGAUAAGAAAAGGCAAAAACAUAUCCAGCUGUGGUGGUUUCCUCAUUCUUCCAAACUUCAUCCUGACUGCUGCACACUGCCAAGGAAAGAGUAUCACUGUCCUUCUCGGGGCUCAUGAUCUCUCAAAGAAAGAGAGCUCCCAGCAGGUGAUACCAGUAGAGAAGAUCAUUCCUCAUGAAUCUUAUAAUGAUAUAACCCUAGAGAAUGACAUCAUGCUUCUGAAGCUGCAGCACAAGGCCAAUCUCACAAAUGAGGUGAAAACCAUCAGCAUUCCAAAAAGAAAUGAGGCCUUCAACCACAAAAAAUGUUCUGUGGCAGGAUGGGGACGCACUAAAACCAAUGGGACAGGAAGCCACGUGCUGAGAGAGGUGGAGGUCAAUGUAAACUUUAUAUCACGUUCUCGAAUCUUUGCAAGAGGGAACGGAAUAAAAGGCGCCUGUAAUGGAGAUUCAGGGGGACCACUGGUUUGCCCAGGCUUUAUAAACAAGCCUACAGCUGUUGGCAUUGUGUCUUAUGGCCCAAAAACAUGUGAAGAUCAAGGCAGUAAUGCCUACACAAAGGUGUCUGCGUACCGGGACUGGAUUGAAAAGAAAAUCAAUGCCAGCUCUUCUGCUUGAAGUCUCUUCCAGAGCCAGGAUGAGCCAAUAAACCAGCGGAUUUUAUAUCACACGUUUGUAACCAAUUCACUCAAAAAGAGUAAAGAAUGCUGGGUAGCUUUGCUGCUGUUUUCAAAUCAUACUAACUAGCACAUGUAACUGCUU